CGCCCCCCGCCCCCCGCCCGCCGCCGCCCCGCGCCCCGGCCCCACCAUGGGAGACGCCGGCAGCGAGCGCAGCAAGGCGCCCAGCCUGCCCCCGCGCUGCCCCUGCGGCUUCUGGGGGUCCAGCAAGACUAUGAAUCUCUGUUCCAAAUGCUUUGCUGAAAAAAGAAAUCCACACAACGAAAAAGAUUUCCAGAAGAAACAGCCAGACGAUGACUCUACUCCCAGCACAAGCAGCCAGUCAGAUUUGUUCUCUGGGGAAACGAACAGUGACAACAGCAAUACCUCUCUAACCACGCAGGCCGCUAACUCCAACCAGCAACUUUUGACAGAACUGAAUGUAACUUCACCGAGCAAAGAGGAAUGUGGGCCAUGCACAGGUACAGCUCAUGCCUCGUUAACCACACCAACCAAAAGAUCUUGCGACUCAGAUUCACAGUCGGAGAAUGAGGCUUCUCCUGUGAAACGGCCACGGCUACUGGAUGACAGUAAUGACAGGCCUGAAGAAACCAGUCGAUCCAAACAGAAGAGUAGACGUCGAUGCUUCCAGUGCCAAACAAAACUGGAACUAGUACAGCAGGAGCUGGGAUCAUGUCGCUGUGGUUACGUGUUCUGCAUGUUGCACCGCCUGCCCGAACAGCACGACUGCACGUUUGACCACAUGGGCCGCGGGCGCGAGGAGGCCAUCAUGAAAAUGGUGAAACUGGAUCGGAAAGUAGGGAGAUCUUGCCAACGCAUUGGCGAAGGAUGCUCCUGAGUGCAAGACUGCAACCAAAUGCUGUUCUCUUAGUUCACUAAUGUUAGCCUUAUUUAGGACAAAGUCAGCCAGACACCUUGUACUAGGCAAGUUUCAGACUACAGCCAAUCAGUUUCCUUUCUUUAGCCAACCGUCCUGGUACUGUAGUUUAGGGAUUGAUGGUGGUUGAAAUUGAUCUCUGGCUGGUUACUAAGGUGCCUGCUAGCCACCGUAUAAAAAUAAAACGUGAAGAAAUAUUAUUUUUGAGUAUGGCUAGUGGAUUUAAACAAAGCAAGAAAAAUCCAAAGGCUUCUGUUAUUGCUGGAGUCACUCUA